AUGAGCGCCAUUUUCGUGGUGUACAUGUGUUUGCUGUGCUAUUCUGCGCGUGCAAGCAGCGACGAGGCUGGGCCGGCGAAGCACUGGCAAAAGAGGGGCCUCUCCGCCUCCGAUCUCCAGAAACUGGCGACGGUGAGCGGCAAAGAUCUGGUGCUGGCCACCGACUGCGCCAUCUGCUUGGACGAAAUCGAGGCCGAGCAACCGGCUAGGAUGGUUCCCGGUUGCAAUCACGGCUUUCAUCUAAAAUGCGCCGACGCCUGGCUCUCCAAAAACCCCAUUUGCCCUCUUUGCAGAGCCAAACUCUCCCCUCACCUAUUCAAUUCCAAUCUCUCUCAAAUCACUCAAUGCUGA